UAUGGAUGUAGAUUUUUAAUAAUCUCCUGUCUUAAAUAAUGGAGAUGAAAAGAAAAAACCUAAUUUUGUUCAUAUACCCAUUUAUGAUGUGAAACCAAUUCAUAAUUAUCCUAACUCUGCUUAAUAAGUGGAAUCAGAAGAAUAAAUAGUUUAAAUUGAUGAACGAUGGUAUGCUAAAAAUGAAAAUUAUAAGCCAUUAACAGCUGAUCAAAGACCUGGUUUUAUUAGGAAAGUAUACAUUCAUUUCAUAAUUAACAAGGUUUAUAGUAUAAUGAUAUUACAAUUAAUGUUGACAGUUGUGGCUUGUUGCCUCUCAUAUUUCUAUAUUCCUUAUCGUGAUUUCCAAAACGAAUAUUCAGGUUGGGUUUAUUUGGCAAUUGCAAUAGCAAUCAUUAUUGAAUUGAUUUUAUUAUGGAUACCCAAAUAUUCAUGGAGAGUUCCUCAUAAUUAUAUAUUUCUCUUUGUUUUUACACUAGCUGAGAGUUACAUCAUUUCGCAACUUUGUAGUUAUGUUUUCAAUAAAUAUAGCGAAGAAGGAGGUAUACUGAAUUCUUAAUUAGGAUUUAUUGUUGUAAUGGCUGCUGCCCUUACUUUAGCUGCUGUGAUUGGACUAACUCUUUAUGCAUGCAAAACCAAAAAAGAUUUCACAACUAAAGGUAUUAUAUAUUAUAAAAGAUUAUCAAAGGAGCCUUUUUAUUUAUGGCAAGUACUUCUUUAUUUCUUUUUGCGAUAUUAUCUGGAGUCUAUUAUGAUUAAGCCAUGAGUUUACUCUAUUCAUUAAUAUCUAGCUUGUUAUUUGGAGUCUAUUUAAUAUAUGACACUUAAUUAAUCAUAGGAGGAAGUGUAAUCAAUUUUAUUGAUGUAGACUCAUAAAUUAUCGAUUGAUGACUACAUCAUUGGAGCAAUGUUCAUAUACAUAGACAUUAUCUAUCUUUUUGCUCACAUUGUAUUAAUUAUAAUUGCAUGUUUCAGAUGAAAA